GCUCCGCUGGCGACCAUGGCGGGGCUCCGUUGCGCGCUGCUCUCCCUGCUCUCGGCCGCCUCUGCCGCCGCUGCCGUGUGGCCGCAGCCGCAGUCGCUGAUCCAGGCUGCCCAGGGCGGCUGCCACCUCCGAGCCGGGAGCUUCCGCUUCGGCUAUGCCGACUCGUCGGCCGUGGGGCCCGGCUGCUCGGUGCUGGACGAGGCGUUCCGACGCUACUGGGCGCUGCUUUUCCUUCCCGGACACAAAGACGCAGAGAAUGCCCACUCUGAGGACUCCUGUAACGAGCUUCUUGUGACUGUCACCGAGCCAGAGUGUGAUGGCUACCCUUCGCUGGACUCCCCAGAGAGCUAUAAGCUGACCGUUUCAGAUGAGCAGAUGCUUCUGACAGCACAUACUGUAUGGGGAGCUCUCAGAGGGUUGGAGACCUUCAGCCAACUCAUCUGGAGAGACGAUGAUGGGGCGUUCCGCAUAAACAAGACAGAUGUAGUUGACUUUCCCCGCUUUCCUCACCGAGGUCUGCUGCUUGAUACGUCACGCCAUUACCUGCCUUUGAGAGCAAUUCUGGAGACACUGGAUGCCAUGGCCUAUAACAAAUUCAACGUGUUCCACUGGCACAUUGUGGACGACCCAUCCUUUCCAUACGAGAGCAUGUCAUUCCCAGAUCUCAGCCAAAAGGGAGCCUUCCACCCUGCCACCCAUGUGUACACUGCCAGUGAUGUGAAGACAGUGAUUGAGUAUGCCCGGCUGCGUGGGAUCAGGGUGAUUUCCGAAUUUGACACUCCUGGCCAUACUCUCUCGUGGGGUCCAGGCAUCCCAGGCUUGUUGACUCCCUGCUAUGUGGGCCCAAAUCCCUCCGGAAGCUACGGGCCAGUCAACCCCAUCCUCAAUACAACUUACCAGUUCAUGGCCAAGUUUUUUGCCGAAGUUAGUUCUGUGUUUCCAGACUUCUACAUUCACCUGGGAGGAGAUGAGGUUGACUUCUCAUGCUGGAAGUCUAAUCCAGAGGUCCAGGCGUUUAUGCAGAAGAUGGGGUUUGGCGAAGACUUUACCAAGCUGGAAUCAUUCUACAUCCAGAGGCUGCUGGAUAUAGUCUCUUCCUACAACAAAGGCUACGUGGUAUGGCAGGAAGUUUUUGAUAACGGAGUGAAGGUGAAGCCUGAUACCCUAAUACACGUGUGGAGAGAAAACGCGGGGUCAUACCAAGCAGAGAUGGCUCGCGUCACCAAAGCCGGCUACCGGGCUCUUCUCUCUGCCCCCUGGUAUCUUAACCACAUCUCUUAUGGACAGGAUUGGAUGGCUGUUCACCAGGUGGAACCAUUGGCAUUUGAAGGCAGCCCAGAACAGAAGAAGCUGGUGAUUGGAGGAGAGGCCUGCAUGUGGGGUGAAUAUGUGGAUGUGACAAACUUAACCCCAAGACUCUGGCCUAGAGCUGGGGCUGUAGCAGAGAGACUCUGGAGCAACGCGACGGUCCGAGACCUUCAGGAUGCUUAUAGGAGGCUGGGAGAUUUCCGGUGCACGCUCCUCAGACGAGGAAUCCGGGCAGAGCCGCUGUUCACAGGAUACUGUGACUAUGAAUACAAUUCCGUUUGACUUCUACACCCUCGUCCUGUUCUCUGCCUUAUCGCUAUGACCACUGUAGGCAUGGAGAGGGUAGCACUGAUUUAGUACUGUUUUCAAU